GAGAGAGAGGAGGUUCCUAGAUUCAGCAGCUUGCACAGGAUACUACAGCACUGCUUCUUGUGGGAACGCACACACACACAGACACAGGAUUUAUUUGCUGGUUUCUCCGCAUCUUGGAAGAGGGGUAGGGUCGCCAAGCUGGGCUUGUGCUGCAAAGCAAUGGGGGCAGAUGGAGAGAGCCCGGCUGCUUAGGACCUAGGUGGACAAGGGGAUUCCUGGGAUUAAAAGCUAAGGAGCUGCUGUUACUAGCUGGUAGCAGUCCUGUUGAGGAGGAGGAGGUGAUCACCAUGGCGACAGAACCCUCAGAAGACAGGAAGGAGUCGGAGGAGGAAGAGGUGGAUGAAGAUCAGGGGGAGAAGUUUGAUUUUGAGGACAGUGCCAACGAGGACGACAAAAUGGACAGUCCCACGAAAAAAGACAAUGAACAGACUGUCCAUGCUACACAGGAGACAGUGGAGCUGAACUCAGACCCCAACCCUCAGACAGAUCUGCGAACCUCUCCCACUGAACAAGCACAACAGCCUUCCAGAACGAGAAACACGGAAUCUGACUUGCCCCCUGCUGGUCAGGAGGACCCCACAGGACCUUCAAUCUCCUCUGCACAACCUGCCGGCCCAGGCUUGGCAGCUAGUGAGGCAACAGGAGGAGUUUCAACUUCCACUGAACCAAAGAUUUCAGAGCAAGAGGAGGCUCCGGGAGUCUCUAAGGACAAAUCAGAGGGUCUUUCCUGGAAGAGAAACAGCAUCUAUGAUGCCCAAUCCACGCCAGCAGUGGAGCCUGGGACAGAGAGCCCUGAAGUGAUCUAUGAUGAUGUUCCUUGUGAGAAUAUCCAGCCCAAGAUAGAAGAUGAGCUGGUCUAUGAAGACGUGCAGCACGAGGAGGAGCCAGGCCCCCAGGAUGGCUGGAGCACCAGUGAGUUCGAGAGCUACGAUGAGCAGUCUGAAGAGGAGAGUGAGAGCAAGCUCUCCACGCGCAGCAAGCUCUCCCCUGACGUGCGGGGCCUGAAGGAACGGUGCGCCCGGACCAAGCGCGAGCUGCUUGCUAUGAGGCUGGGGCGCCGUGACAUCAGCCAGAUAAAACAGAGCUAUGACUGGAAGGUACAUCAGCUAAUGAAAGCUGCCAGAAAUGGAACGAAAGACGGACUGGAAAAGACAAAAAUUGCUGUCAUGAGAAAAGUCCCCUUCUUGCUGAAGAAGGAUAUUCAAGAUGAGAUGGAGGAUGACGCUGGCUACCUGGAUGUUGCCCUCUCAGAGUCCAAACACCCCCCUCCCGAGCUGUGCCCCAUGCCAGAUGGAUUGACCAAUCAGCAGAUUGUAAGGCGUCACAUCCUGGGCUCCAUCGUGCAGAGUGAGUGCAACUACCUGGAAUCGCUCAAGAGAAUCCUGCAGGAGUACCAGAAGCCACUGCUGGAGUUGGAACCGCGCAUGCUGAGCACAAAGAAGGUCCGGCUGGUAUUCUUCCGCCUGCGUGAGAUUCUGCAGUGCCACUCCAUGUUCCAGAUCGCACUGUCGUCCCGCGUGGCCGAGUGGGACCUCAAUGAGAUGAUAGGGGACCUCUUUGUGGCAUCGUUUUCCAAGUCCAUGGUUCUGGAUGUGUACAGCGAUUACGUCAAUAACUUCACAAAUGCCAUGGCUCUGAUUAAAAAGGCUUGCAUCUCCAAACCUGCUUUCCUGGAAUUUCUCAAGAAAAAGCAGGCUGCCAGUGUAGACCGGAUCACUCUGUAUGGCCUGAUGGUGAAACCCAUCCAGAGAUUCCCCCAGUUCAUCCUCCUGCUGCAGGACAUGCUGAAGAACACUCCGAAGGGACACCAGGACAGGCUGCCUCUGCAGCUGGCCCUCACGGAGCUAGAGACCCUGGCUGAGAAACUGAAUGAGCAGAAACGCGUGGCCGACCAGAUCGCAGAGAUCCAGCAACUAGCCAAGAGCGUCAGCGACCGAACGCUGAACAAGCUGCUCAGCGCAGGCCAGCGCCAGCUCAUCCUGUGCGAGACUCUCAUUGAGAUGGUGUACGGGGAUCGGGGGCAGGUCCUCAAGUCCAAGGAGCGCAAAGUAUUUCUCCUCAACGACACCCUCGUCUGCGCCAACAUCAACAUCAAGGGGCCCCCUGACCUCGGCAGUCUGGUUCCCAUUGGGCUGAAGUACACCAUGAAGUGGAGCGCCCCCUUGCUGCAGGUGCAGGUGGUCGAGGUGGGGCAGGAGGGCAGUGUCCAGAACCAGGAGACAAUGUUCCAGCAAUGUGGGGCCAAGAGACCCUCUGGCACAAGCAUCACAGGCAAGGUGUUCCUGGGGCCCCCUAGACUCUACCAGGAGCUGCAGGAGAUGCAGCAUGACCUGGAUGUGGUGGAUCAGAUUUCCCAGCUCGUCAGCACGCUGCAGGGAACCUAUCAGAACUUGAACUCUGCAGUGUCCCAGGACUGGAGCCUGUCCCUGCAGAGGCUCAUCCGUAUGAAGGAGGAUGAGAUCCAGACUGCUAACAAGUGCCACCUGCGGCUGCUGGUACCUGGGAAGUCAGACAAGUCUGGACGGCCGGUCAGUUUCAUGGUGGUCUUCAACACUCCCAGCCCCCUCAGUAAAAUCUCCUGGGUCAACAGGCUACACCUCGCCAAGAUUGCACAGAGAGAAGAGAAUAUGCCAGGCUGGUUCUCCGUGGAGGAUGAUGCAAAGACCAAAGCCCCUUUUUGGUGCCCACUUCUUGCCUGCCGUGUCCCGGUUUUCCCUUCAAAAGCUCAGGAAAUGAAACUGGAAGCUGCCCUCCAUAAUCCGGUCCAGUGUGCACUUCUGGGGUUCUCCGCUGCCAGUACUUCCCUACCACAAGGCUACCUCUGGGUGGCCAGUGGGGGUGAUGUUUCUCACGGUCAGGUGGAGAUCUUCUCCCUCAACAGGUCUACUCCCCGUGCUGUCAAAUCCUUCCAGGUAGGGGCGCCAGUGCUGUGUCUGGAGUAUGUUCCUGAGGAGAGCCAGUCCGAGGACGGGGAGAGUGGGGCUGCUGAACGGACCUCCAUGUUCGGCAACACAAUCUGUUUGGGGCUACAGGAUGGCAGUAUCCUAGUUUAUGGCAGUGUGGACACGGCCGCCCAGUGCCUGCUAACCUUCCGUAACCCCGAGGGAUGCCCGGUGCUGUGCCUGAAACAUUCCGGCAACUUCCUGUUCGCAGGGCUGAAGGACGGGAAGGUUGUCGUCUACAGGCGGAAGAGCAGUGAGAAGCUGUGGGAUCCAGAGUCCCCUCGCUGCACGAGUAUCGGCACAGAGCCGGUCCGCAGGCUGCUGGCUCUGGAGGACACUGUGUGGGCCAGCUGUGGAAACAGGAUCAUCGUCAUUGAAGGAGCCACCAUGAACACCCGGGGUUUUGAAGCACACCAGGACAAGGCGGUGAGCGUGGCCCACAUGGCGCGCGCCGGGGGCGGGGUUUGGAUGGCGUUUACCAAGGGCUCGUCUAUCCGCCUGUUUCACACAGAGACGCUCGAGCCCCUCCAGGAAAUCAACAUCUCCGCCCGCACCACCUUCCUCAUCCCAGCUCAGAAGAGCAUGCGGGUGACCAGUCUGCUGGUUUGCCAGGGGUUACUGUGGGUCGGCACUUCCCAGGGAAUCAUAGUCACACUGCCAGUGCCCAAGCUGGAGGGCAUCCCCAAAAUAACAGGGAAAGGAAUGACCUCUCUCAAUGCUCACUGCGGGCCGGUGGAUUUCCUGGUAGCCACCUCCAGCACGCUGUCCCCACAGCUGCUCAAGAGGGACUCCAUGGGGGAUGAGGUGGACUCGCCUAGUGGGGGGGAGGGCAAGACCAACACCUCCUCCCAGGAAUCCCUACACCAGGCCAAUGGCAGCUCCAGGAGGGAGGGCAAGGGCCAGGGGGUCCUGCUGCAGUACCGCCUGCGCUCCACCUCCCAGCUCCCUGGCAAACCCCUGAGCAGCAAACCAGAGGGAGCGUCGGACUCGUCUCUGGAGUCCCUGGAGCACAGUGUGGAGGACGGCUCCAUCUACGAGCUCAGCGAGGACCCAGAGGUGUGGGUGCGAGGCAGGCCCUCAGCCCGGGAGGGGGGCCGGAAAGAUAGGGUCACUUCGGCUGCCGUCAUCUCCGGGGGGAGAGGCUUCCGUAGCCUGGGAGGGGGUGGCGAGAGCAGCACUGGCAGAGAGUCAGAGAGCAUUCUCUUGGUUUGGCAGCUCCCUCUCACUGUGUAGGCAAGGGCCUGUAUGCUACAAGGAAACUGUGCAUCAGUCACUCUCGCUCCAAGCCAGAUGCAGAUGGGGUCUCCAUAGCCUCUGGAAAGAGGCCCCCUGGAAUUCAAUAGGCUGUGCUCCUGGAACAGGUAUUGGGUGGUACAGCUGGCACCCUUAGGGAGGACACUGAUGCUAUGAAAGACAGCACAGUACCUGUAAUGAGAGUGGACUGGGGUAAUUAUGAUCUGGCAACAUUUUAAAUAUGUGAUUCCACUACCCAGUAUUUGGUUAUAUGAACCAUUGGGUGAGCAAUGGGCACAAGAGGACGGUGUUAUAGGUCUGUGUAUUUUCUCUAUCGCACUGUCACCAUCCCCUUUAAGCCACACCCCUUUACACCAGAAUACGCCCCAUAUGUCUGCCCCUCCCACUUUCAUCAUCUGAUGGAUCUUGAUCUAUUCUGAUUUGUCCAGAAAUGUCUCACACUGACCUGUAACCUUGCCUCUGGCCUCGACCACACCCCUUUCAAGUUUGACACCUGGUAUCUUUCACAAACUUUACAAACAAAAAGUGCAAUUUAUUGCACAGGGAAAACCAACAUCCACAAAAGUAAGCAAACAAGUAGGCUUUUGUUUAUUGUUCUGUUCUAUAAAGAUUACUGAGGCAAAUUGUAUUGCCGUCAUUAGCUGAUUUUCUGUCUUCAGUGGUUUAAUCAACCAAGUUUGUUUUAAUUGGUUUUGGUAACCAGCAGGGGAUAAUAUAAUGAGAGCUGUAAGAUGUAAUGCAAAUGUGAAGAAAUAAAAGUGCUUCUAAAGUUCUAUCUUAAGUUAUUUAGAGACAAUUUUUAAAGGCUUGCAUGGUGUUGACAAUUACAAAUGCAAUAUUUGCUUUGUCUUGCUUGGUACAAUUUAGCUCAAAUACAAUUAGCUCAAGUAAUUACUUGUUAAUAGAAUUAGAAAGUCCUACACCAAAAAGAAAACUGUUAUUUAUACUAAAAAAACAAACAAAACAAAAACAACCUUUUCUUUUUAAAUCAUACCAUUCAACUGUGUGGGCUGGUCUUAAAAGCGAUUCUGGCUGAAACCAGAGUCACACUCCAAUCCAAAACAACAAUAUGGUCUCUCGGGUGGCACCUUUUUGAAUUGCCAUAGUGAUGUCAGCUGGCCUGCCGUUCUGCCCAGCACUCCUUCAGCUCUCAACCACUCCCUGUUGCCUUCACCUGCUGGCCUGGCAGCGGUUGUCAUGGCAAGACCACAGGAGAGGGCCCUGGUCAGAACCUGUUUCAGGUUGGUAAACAUGCUGCAUUCAAAGGGCAUGUUUAACACACAAGUGGACUGUGGUGUUGUUAUUAGUGCUGCUGAAUUUCAUAGCUAAUUGAACUGAAUUUAUGACUUGCUGUAAGGCUUUCUGUAUCCAGAUUGCCAUGCAUUCCAUCCUGUUCUGUCUAUUCUUUCCUGGAGCUGCUAUACGACGCUGUCUUGUACUCAUUCUAAAGCUCGGUAUCUCCUCGCCAGUAUGAAUACGUGUGCUGUGCAUUUAUGUACACGUCAUCAAAGACUGGGAUGUGACAGUUGAGCCCAAUCAAAAUAAUGAUCAGUAAUCAAAGCUCAAAGUAAUCCCAUUCUACAAUUUAUGAAUAGGUUAUUUUAAAAUGUAAUGAAUCUCACCCUUGUCAAGCCGUUUUUUAAUAAUAUUAAAGUGGUUUCAGUUAACAAAGAUCAUGGCUGGUGAGUGAUCAUCUGAGAUUGAUUGCUAUACAUUUGCUUUGACAAGAAACAAAGGAUCAAAAAAGAGGGAAGGAAGGAUGAGCGUCUUCUAUUUGCACUGCUAAGGGUUGUAAAAAACAAACAAUACAAUUGUAAACAUUAUUUACAGUAUUUAAGUGUUACUAAUAUUUAGUUUUUUUUUCUCAAAUUGGUCAUUUGUAUAUAAUCCCUUACUCCCGUAAUUGUGCAUGAAGUUUGCAGAUGCUCCCUUGACGGGCAGCGCGGUACGUCCCCUAGCAACUGUUUAACACAAACAAACUGUUCUGUACCCGUGUAGUCAUUUUUUCUCUCACACAGAGACCUGACAUGUACUGUAUCAAACUAUGAAACUCGUCUAGAAUCUAGGUUGUUUAACCUAGGCUGAAUCUACAACUGCUGUCACGUGCAUCCUGAAUAAGGGCUGUACAGCAAUGCCACACAAUUGUGUAAUAGUGUAUAUACCCCAGGUUUAGAACCUGAAACAAUUGUCACUCUUUCUGUAACAAACCUUUGACUGUAAAAACACUCAAUAAAGAUGUAC